GAAUAUGAUUUGUUUCAACUAGUUUAAGCCAUAAUAUUGUAAGUUCUUCAGGCUGAACAGUAAUAAAUUCUCUUCCUUCUUCUGUCAUGGAUAGAAAUAAUACAUAUUUUGAAGGAUGUGGGAAGGAGGGACCCAUCAAUUGUAUUUUCUUAGCAGAAUUUCAUCCUGUUGCUGGACCAAAAAUUACAUGCCAGGUUCCAGAUGACUUUAUUUCCAAAGACACAUUCGAAGCAGUCAGUGUUUACAUAAUACCGAAAGCCCAGCUUCAAAGGUGUACGCUAACAAUAACUUCUUUUGAUUUGAAAAUUCUCGGCUACCCCAUCAAGAUAGACAACAAAAAGUACAAGAGGAAUGCAUUCUAUUUCAAUUUAUGUUUCGUAUUUGAUGCCUGGUCGAGGACUGUUCAUUAUGAACCACUAGUCAAGAAACUAUCUGAAUAUCUUACUGGUAUGGAAGUUGAGACGGGAUUCCUCUCUCAACAAGAGGAAGCUGCCAAUCAACAAGAACCUUCAAACAGAACACGGUUGGUCAAUAUGCUCAACAUAGUUCUCCAAGAUUUAAAUAAGCAGAGAAUGUGCACACUGUCAGAAGGAUCAAUGACAACCCAUUUGAAAGUGGUGAGAGUGUGCCAUGAUCCCACACCAGUAUUGGAUCAUCAUGUUCCUAUCUUUGUCGAGCCGCUCGACUUCUUUCAAACUGAACAGUGGGAUCUCACAACGCAACUUUUUCCAUUCAUAGACGGUAUUAAUCACGUUGCAAAAAUUGCAGUUGAAGCAGAUGUUGAAGCCAAUCUUGUGAAAGCUUGUCUACAGAACUUAGAGUACUAUGGAGUGGUUAGAAUGAUACCCAUUUUCCAAUACUCCAAUGUCUAUGUGCCAACGUCGAAACUGCAUAGACUAACUAUCAACAAGAGACUUCAGGAUGAUUGCCUGAGAAUUGUUGCAAGAGCAGGUCGUCAAAUUCCAAGUAUACGUGAUGUUUUUAGGCUUUAUUCAAAUAUGGCACACGGGACCACCGUUAGAGAUUUGUGCAUCAGAUUUGAUCCUGUAGCAUUGCGUGUUGAUGAGAAAAGACUGGUUCAGUUUGGAGUUCUAGAAGGACUUAUCAGGCGAUUUCAUAAGUACCCAGUGAUGUUAUGUGAUAAAGGCAGCACUAGUACGUCACUGCAACAUUUCACUGGUCACAACUCUCUCGAUGAAAUCUGUUGCAGUACUGGAAUAAGUAAGAAGCAAAUUGAAGAUCAGGUUGAAAAAGAUCCUAAUAUCAUAUUUUUGUGGAAAUGAAUUAACCACAUACUAGUAAAUUGGAAAACAAAUUGAAAGUCCGGUAAG